CGUCUGCUCUCGCCACCGUUACGAUUCGAAGUUUUCCCUCUCCUUUUUUUUCUUUUUGUCUAUUGAGGGAUAAUUAAUUUUUAUUAAUUUGAAAUGGGAAAACUUCCAGUGAUUUUAGGUAUUUAGAACAGGCGAGCUAUCUUGUAGUUUUUUUUUUUAAUCUUUAUUUCUUUUGUAGCAAUACAAAGCCUGAUACAAUGGAUGUAUGAAAAUGGCAUUGCAAGAAGUUGAUACAUUUUUAAAAGACGUAACAGUUAAAUAAAAUUUAUAUUAAUUAUUUUUAAGUUUAACCAUUUUUGUGAAUCUGGCAUGUGCAAUUUUAUCGUAUUCUACGAGAUUCUUACGGAAAAUUCUUAGGACUUAAUUUAUUCAAAAGGGAAGUUAAAAGUUCUUGAAACUUCAGUGGUGAUCUAGUUUUCUGAAAUUACGAUCUGACAAAGCCGUCCACCAGGACAGAAUGCAGGUGUUCCUCGUGCUUCGCGGGACUUCAAAGCCAGGCAGGCAUAUACUAAUGGAGAACGGGACAUAGCGGGGCGCUGGGCAUUACGUCUAUUUAUGCAACUUGCUCACGCUUCGUCCUUCACUUCAUGCCACCCCUCCCCACCCCCGCCACCAAUCGUCUCUUUGUGGCUUUCAACGUGGCAAGAAUCCCCCCCCCCUCCCCCCGUCAAGAAGACGCACCACUGCUGCCCACCAAGCUCACACUGAUUGACGUCGAUAUUAACGCAAUUUCUGGCAAGUUCUGGCGCGAAAAUUUGUCUUGAGUGCCUGACGAGAAGCUGCUGGAAUGUUGUGGGCAAGAUGAACGGAUCUCAAAGUACGCAAUCAUCAUGGCUGACGGGUUAAGCCUCGUUCUGAUAAUGCUCACUUCAUGCACAGUCAUGGUGGUCGUGGCAGAUCCGAACGAGUACAGGCUGGUUCGAGACUUAAUGAAAGGGUACGACAAAAGAAUACGUCCCUCACUGAACCACUCUGACUCACUCAAUGUGACAUUUGGCUUCGCCCUUGUACAGAUUAUUGAUGUGGAUGAAAAGAACCAGAUCUUAACAACCAAUGCUUGGCUGAAUCAGAUCUGGACUGACUAUAACCUCCGCUGGGAUCCGGCUAAAUAUGGCGGCAUCAAAGUGUUACGUCUUCCAGUGGAUGAAGUCUGGAAGCCAGAUAUUUUACUUCAUAAUAACGCUGACGUGUCUGCCUUCGUUUCGUCCAUCUCUUCCAACCUGAUCGUGGCCGCUGAUGGCAACGUGACCUGGUUCUCUAUGGUCAUCUUUAAAAGCUCCUGCUCCAUCAACGUCCGCUACUUCCCGUUCGACGCACAGAACUGUUCCAUGCAGUUCGCCUCCUGGUCAUACGACGGCUUCCUGGUGAACCUCCUUAUGAAUUCCAACGAAGGUGAUAUGAGCAACUACAUCCCCAACAGCGAAUGGGAGAUGAUACGCUUCUCCGCCGAGAGGACGGUUCGAUCGUUUUCAUGUUGUGACGAGCCCUACCCAGAUAUAACCUUCUAUAUUGUGAUCAAACGGCGUCCUUUAUUUUACAUCUUUAACAUGAUAUUACCCUGUAUACUUAUUACACUGGUGGCCCUACUCGGCUUCUACAUCCCUUCCGACUCUGGCGAGAAGGUGACCAUGGGGAUCACAACGUUGUUGUCAAUGACAGUCUUCAUGAUGUUAGUGACAGAGAACAUGCCGCCCACCUCCGAUGUGCUGCCUCUGAUAGGUAUUUACUACGGGAUGACAAUCUUCAUUGUCUCCUUCGCUACAGCCAUGACGGUGCUAACCCUCAACAUCCACCACAAGGGCAACUCAGGGAGGCCGGUGCCUGGAGUCAUCAAGAAGAUUUGGUUCGAGCUCCUGGCCAAAAUGUUCUGCAUGAGGGUGGACAGUUGGGACGAGCAGCCCAAUAACGUGUUCACGCCGGAUUGCAAUGGUGCGCCCGCUGGAUCGUCCUCCCGUUAUAUCCGUUUCAAAGUGGCAAACCCACGUGACAUUGAGCAGCUCAAUUUGGAAAUGAAACAAGUUCACGAGGGGACGAAUGUCAGCCGCGUCGACCUGCCUCCUCUCGACUCGGACACUUAUCAAGGAAACGGGACCAUCCCGCGGACUGGGUUUCGACGUUCCAACGGCAUGACGUCGGCCUCGGAGCAGGUCAGCGCGGAAAACGCACAGUUCGAGGCUUACUUUUCGCGUGUCCUUCAACGAGUCUACCAGACGUUAGAACAGAAUGACAUUCGUCUGGCGGAGCAAGACCAGAAGGAGAACUUCAAGCUUGAGUGGCAGCAAGUGGCCCAAAUCACAGAUCGCCUGCUACUCAUCUGCUUUGUUUGUGUGACCUUGACAAUCACCGGGGUUGUGCUUUUAGCGUCACCUGCUUCUGUCAAUGUUUAAAAAAAAAUGCUUCAUUUCGUAAUUCUCUGCAACUUCCGGUUGGCUGGUCCACAUUUCCGGUUUCAAUUCUUUUGGGAUACAUAUCUGCACCAAAUGUUGACUCGUUGUGCUAGCUCUCGUAGAAACGUAUUAGUGAUAGUUGUAUGCAUUUGAAAACAAAGUGAUAUAUACAGUUUUGAAAUUUUAUAUAUUUUGAGGAAUACUUUUUCUAUCGAAAUCUCAUUGGCUAUUCUGAUAUUCUAGUGGGAAUGUUAUUAACACCAAGUCUGUCUCAGACUGUCUCGAUAUAAGGUGAGGAUAAUAUUCACGUGGUUCUGACUGUACAGGAUACUGAGUUAUGUACUUCCACUGGAUAAAGUGCGGAUUAACAUUCAAGACAUCAACGUGAUAGCACAGUUUAUACCGGACGAUAGCAUAUGUCCACCAAUACAUAGUUUGGAUGUUUCAAUCAAUCUGUGGAUUGGAUGAUGUUUCAAUCAAUCUGUGGAUUGGAUGAUGUUUCAAUCAAUCUGUGGAUUGGAUGUUUUCUCAGUUAUUCGGCUUUGAUAUUUCCCCCAAUAUGUGAACUGGAUAUGUCCGAAAUACAUGUAUAUGGAUUGGAUGUUUCCAUCAAUAGACGUGUUGGAUUCAUCUUCUAAUAUAUGGAUUGCAUGUUUCCACCAAUCCACGGAUUUUACAAAACUAAAAGACGUCUUGAUCUGACCAUGAAUACAGUGUGUUAAAUCGAAUAUUUUAUGCAGAUGUGCAGAGUAGAGUUGACAUCAUGUACAUUCAAGAAAGGUGAUGGAAUUGUAUUGAUGUAUGUUUUACUUAUUUAUUCUUCGCACGGCAAUGAAAUACACAGACUCCUGGAAAGGAUCCCAAAGACAUUUUGGAGCAAGUUCCGGCUAACGCAAUAUCUCUUACAUUGAACUAGUUACAUUUAAAUUAUUUUUUUCUGUAUAUUUUCAUAUUAAAUAAGAAAUUAUGUGUACAUUUCAUAGUAGAGACAUGCAACAAUGUGUACAUGUUUUGAGGUCUCAUUCUUUUCUUUCGUGUAUAAAGUACAAAGCAUCUAUUAAUAAUUUGUUAUUUUUCCAAUGUUACAAGCAAUAUGUUGAAGUCAUAAAUGCAAGAAUAACAAAAUAUAAUUAGAAUAACAUUUGAAUAAAGAACACAAUAGGAGGAAUGGUGUUUUUCAUAAGCUGAAAAAUAGCAUUUAAUUAUGGAUAGGCCUAUAUAGUAAUUUUUACAUUCUAAUGUUAUGUUAAGAUAUAUUAUUGUAAGGGUUAGGUUUAAAAAUGUAAAAAUAUUAAUAGUUAAAUAAUGAUUCUAGGAACCUAUGAUACAGGAAUUUCUUUUAGGAGCUGUCUCUUUUGUACUUAUGUAGAUAGUACAGUCAAUCAAGGCAUCGCUUUCUUAAGAGGCACCCACAACGUGAAAAGAAUUGCAUUUAAAAGCAACUUUACUAUUUAUAAACAAAGUUGGACUGUGAGAUGAAAAGUAUCAAUACUAGAACGAGUCCUAUGCCAAGCAUUAAGUCUUCAAACGAAUCUACGGGACUCUAUAAAACAUAAACGUAUUGUCAGGGCCUGCGCAUGCUAAAAUCCGGCAUUGUAAAUAAUAAGUAAUUGAAGUUAUCAUAAUGUCAUAGCAAUAAGUCACAUGAUAUGUUCAGGUUUUGAGUAUAAAAUCACAAGCUAGUCAACAUAUGACCAUAGAAAGUGUAGAGAUCUGACUGGAAUUGUUAAAGUGCUACAUUUAAAAACGCGGCUAUAUGUUUGCAUAUUUCAACAUUAAAUGUUCAGUUAUUUGAAUGGUAAGACCUGACAUAUUUUUUUAAAUUUCUGUCCUCUAUAAUAUGUGACUACGUGACUAGCAAUGACACUGUCUUGGUGUGUUUUUUUUCCUUCACUCAGAAUAGUUGAAUCAAAUAUUUUUCUAAAUACUUUUAAAUCUUAACACCUUUCAUCUGACUAAAUGCUAGUAGGAUGUGCCUCAAGAACGUAUGGAUCUUUUGGUCUGUUUGAAAACAUGACAGGUCUGAGACAAUCACAAAUUCUAGACCUUAAUGGUGACAUGUAUGCACUACGCAAAACAGCAGGGUAUCUGUCCAGGACUUUUGCAAGAGAGGAUUUGAACCUCUCAAGCCCUCACUCAGAUGGAGUUUGAUGAUGAUGAUGGUGAAAAUGUGAACUUGUUUGAAAAUAAAUUGGUCUCCGCAUGUGAUGAAGAAAGAGAAACGAAAGGUAGAGAUUUGAAUGCCAAAACGUUUCCGCUGCUUCAACAUUCAGUGAGUUUGUAAACGAUAAAUCAAUGCUCGAGAAAUGUUUCGCUGUUAUUUCAAUGUAGGCUUCAAUAUAAUUUUAUACGGUUUAAAAAUCUUUUUUAAAUGAACUGUAUUGAUAGUAUUUAAAUCUUUGGGUAUUUUAGUCAUUAGAUUUUUGCUAUCAGUAGAUUGAAAUGUACAUACUCUAAGCAGGACGUAAUUAGUAGAUUGCAAGUGCAUGGCUAAAUGUGGUAAGGGUGGAAUCUGAGGCGUAGUGAGGGGGGCACGAUGCCACCCUCAGGGGGCGCCACAUGCAGAUAGGCGCCAAAAAAAAUAUUGUAGAUAUUUUAGUUAGGUAAUGCAUUCUAAGAUUAUUUGUAUAAUAUUAUUAUUAAAUACUUUGUAUUUAUAAGCCUAUAUUUCUAUGUGCUGUUCAUGGAAACUGGGGGGUGGGGGCGCUAAUAAAGUACCUUGCCCCGGGCGCAGGUUUUGAUCGCUACGCCUCUGGGUAGAAUAUAGUUGGAUACUAAAUUAAAAGCAAAGAUGUGGAUAGGAAGAUCUAUCUGUAUGUUAACAUUUUUUGUUAUGUGUUUGUUAAUUUCACUUUUUCUCCACAAACUAAUUGAUCAGACUUAGUGGCAAUGAGUUGGAAUUGAUUGAUUAAUUAGUUUUUUUUUAUCAGGUUUAUAUUAUGAUUAUGUUUCUAUGUGGUUUUGUUAUAUUACAAUACUACAGCAUGUUCAGUAGAAAGACAGAGUCCCUCUUUCAGUACAACAUCUAAUGAGCGUUUUAAUUUAUAUUUAACUUUUGGUUUGUUAAUUCAUGCACUGGAAACAUUUACAGUUUUUGUUUUAAUUAGAAAACUCAUAAAAAUGAUAAUGAUAGAACCACAGACAUAUAUAUAUAUAUAAGUCUAUAGAUAGAACCAUAGAUGGAUUGGGUCGACUUCCCUUAGAACUUGAAAAAGAGUUACGUACAUAAAAAUCUAUAUAUAUAGGUCUGUCAAUCGAUCAAUCGCGGAUAAGAAUUUGUUUCCGGUUCUAAAUGUAAAAUAUAAAUCUAUGGAUAGAACCACAACUUGAAAUCGUAAAACUUAAAAGAAACAAAAAAAAAAAUAAAAAUAUAAUACUUUAAAAAAAAAAUACCUCCUUUAUGCAACUUAUUGUGCGAUUGUUUUGUUUUUUUUUCUUAAAAAUUAAUGAAUGUUAUAUUUAAAAACAUUUUUACCCCCCCCCCUUUUUUUUUCACUUUUCUCCCCAAGAAAGAAUCCUGAUUAAGCGAAUUUAUAUCUCUGGUACACAAUUUAAUAUUCCAUUUAUAUAAGCAUUUAGAUCUAGAAUAACAAGACAAUACGAAACAUUUUUGUGAACAUUAAUUUAUUAAACUCUUGAAUCAUUAAAGCAUUUGGAAAUUCCCAAACGCGAUUGUCCUUUCAAAACCGAUCUUGGAUCUAGAUUUAGAUUUAGUCUCUAGCCAAAUUUAGAUUUAUUUAUUUUUACUUUGAAAAAAUAAAUUUAAAACGGUCAAACCAGUUUUCCCUCCAUGUGGCCAACGAGCUUGUCAUUCUUUUCUCAGUGAUAUACAUCAAAUGUUAAAUUCAUAGGAAAAUCGUUAGAGCCGUUUUUGAGAUCGGCGUCCACCCUCCAUGAAGGAGAGACUUGAAUAGAGGUAGUGUGAUAAAUAACAAUAAAAGCAAUGAAAUAAGAGGCGUCGAUGGCAUCUCUCUCUAAAAAUGUUGCAAGUAGUCCCAACCAUUCCUCAGCCUCUUUGCCCCUAUAUGUACAUUUAUGGUGAAGCUGAAGAAGCGAGUUUGUUUUGAGAUGAAACUCCGGGGUCAAGGAGGAGCCCCAUCCUCUUUCGUAUUAACACAAAAAUGGCUGUGGAGUUCAAGCUUCGCUUUCCAAUCCGUAUAUAAACAUGACUUGGGCAGGUCGGUCCUUCAAAUGCAAUGUCUGGAUUCGUUCUUAAGUUUCCUUAACAUUUUUUUCGUUUUUUUUUUGCUAUCGACUUUCCUCUUAGCCUCGUAUCCCAUGACACCAACCCUGCCACGUAGAGUCUGUUCUGUGUCCACGCCAAACUACCUGCAGAAUGUUAGUAAUGCAAUAAAACAAAAAACUUGUUGGAUCUGUAUAGUGUUGGUAUACAAUGUCAGGUUUCGUAUCUUGCAAAGUGCAACAAUGUCUUAAGAUGACGUAUUGAAUCAUUUGAACCAUUUUUUAGCUGCAUUGAUGAAAUAAAUACUUUGUACAAUUAUUUCAAGACA